UAAUAAAUCCGUUUGAUGACGUGGUUGUCUCUUCAGGAUGUCAUCGGACAGCACAUUUCCGGAGUAAUCCUCUUCCAUGAGACUCUCUAUCAAAAGGCCGACGAUGGUACGCCGUUCGUCCAACUGCUCAAGCAACGCAACAUCAUCCCCGGCAUUAAAGUCGACAAGGGCAUCGCUUCGCUCUUCGGCACGAAUGACGAAUGCACGACCCAGGGUCUCGACGACCUCCAAGCUCGUUGUAUUCAGUACAAAAAGGACGGAUGCCACUUUGCCAAGUGGCGAUGCGUGUUGAAGAUCACGAAAGACACCCCGAGCAAACUCGCCAUCAUGGAGAACGCCAACGUGCUGGCCCGUUACGCUUCCACCUGUCAGAGCGCCAGAAUCGUGCCGAUCGUGGAGCCUGAGGUUAUUCCCGACGGUGAUCAUGACCUCGCCCGUUGUCAACAAGUCACGGAAGAGGUUCUCGCGGCCGUUUAUAAGGCACUUUCAGAUCAUCACGUAUACCUCGAAGGAACGCUGCUAAAGUGUAAUAUGGUGACUCCAGGCCAGAGUUGUCCGACGAGGGCGACUCCUCAGGAAAUCGCUGCCGCUACGGUGACAGUGUUGUCACGUACCGUGCCACCAGCGGUACCUGGCAUCACUUUCCUCAGCGGUGGCCAAUCCGAGGAGGAGGCAUCGGUCAACCUUGAUGCCAUUAAUAAGUACCCGGCGAAAAAACCCUGGGCAUUAACUUUCAGUUAUGGACGCGCUCUCCAGGCCUCCGUACUUCGUGCAUGGGAAGGCAAGGCCGACAAGAUCGCUGCCGGUCAAGAGGAGUUGCUUAAAAGAGCCAAGGCUAACAGCGACUCGGCACUUGGCAAAUAUGCGGGUGGCGUAGCCGGUGCUGCGGGAGACGCAGCACUUUUUGUCGCCAAUCACGUGUAUUAGGUUGAUCCAUAAAGAAAUUCGAUAUAUUGUUAGAAAUAUAAAAUUAAACAGCCGUUGGAAACACCUCGCAGGAUCGGCAGGAUCAUCGUCUCAUCCGAUCAUCGUCCUUUCUGGAAGUCGCGAAAAGAAAGGGGAUUCCUUCGAAGAUGAUCGAGACGCACAUCAAGUAUCCAAAGUUUCCAAGAUUGAUCAUUUUUGUCUUGUUUUAAUACAUAUAUUCUGAAAUGAUUGUUUUUUACAGAACUAAUCGUACGAUUUUAAAUUGAAUUUUAACUAAUUACAUUUAUGUGAAUUUCUAUCGGUCGAUUAUAAUUUUAAUUGAUUUACACGUUACAUGUGUGUAACUCGAUUCGCGAUUUAAAUCGACAAUACGUAGGUUACACGUCAAACGUGUCGAUUAAAAUUUUACCGAAACAUCCUACAAAUUACUUAUUCAACAGACAGUUUAAUGGAUGAUUUCGUAACAAAUGUACAAAAUAUCGAAUUUAGAAUUAUUUUUUAGCCUGACCUAUCGUUUUGAUUUCUUAUCGAUACUCUCGUCGCUGUUCAUAUUCAUCCAGCGAUUAACUUGACGAGACUCAAUUCCACUGGCAUUAAAUUAUCGAAGGAUGAAGACCGGGAGGUAUCGAGAGAACGCGAGCAGAUUGUGCGACAUUCGAUAUUAUGAUACGCAUUAUUGUUAUAUUCUGUAACAGUACGAAAGCAGAUAUAUAUUAUAUAUCUGGAAACAUAUGAUUAAUGUCGCGUUAUAAUAUUCUUCGUGUAUAAAAUAAAAGAACGCAGAAAAUAUACAAAAUAAAACGAAUAUAUUAAAUGUUGUUUGUUAGCGAGACUAUAUCGUAUCAAAUAUUACGAAAUCAUGCUAUAUUGUGUCAUACUUAUAUAUAAUACUAUGUAUAUCUUGCAUAGACACCUAAGUCCUAAUCUAUAUAUUGAGAAUUAUCUUGUACGUUGCGAUGUUAUAUCCGAAUAUUUUUCUUGUAAUCUAGGUCACCAAAUACAACUGUAGAGAGCAAAAAAGA